UUUUUAUUUAUUUAUUUAUUUAUUUGCAAUUGACGAAUGACAACAUUACCUAAUAGUAAUAAUGGUUAUCAGGCAACAGUAAUAGAGCCUCAAAUUACUGAGAAUCAUUAUUAUACUAUGAAUAAUCAGUUAGCCUCUGUUAAGGGUAAUUAUAGUAAUAGUAGCAGCGCUUAUAGUACUCCAUAUAAUGGAUCUACUAGUUCCUUAACAGGCCCUCCUCCAUUACCUCCUCAUCAAAACAAUAGUCAACAUAUACAAUCAUAUCAGCAACAACAACAAGCUAUCUAUUAUCAACAAUUUAAAGAAAAUGAUUUUUAUAAUCAACAACAGACGUACGUGUUACCAGAAAUGAUGGAAGAUCAGGAUUAUCUGCCUGACAGUUCACUAAAAAUGGCUCAGCUAGCCGGAAAAAGACGUUAUGAUCGACUUCAUGCUCCUGCAGACCCCCAAUUCCCUCCUGUUACAGUAGAGAAUAUUAACAAAUUUCGUGAAGAAUCUACAAAUGAUCCUAAACGACAAUUCUUCUUUGCUCGAUUUUUGUUGUUAGAUGCAAUUAAACGUCUUAAGCCUAAUCCUCAAGACCCACAACGCUUUCAUCAACUUAAAGAGAGUUUAAUGUCUGAAGCAAUGAAAAUUGUCAAAAAGUUAGCUUCACAUAAAAUGAGUUUACCAGAGGCACAAUUCUUUUUAGCUAAUUGUUAUGGUGGUGGUCUUUACGGUCUUAAAUCGGACCCUGAAAAGGCCUUUAACCUAUACGUACAAGGUUCUAAACAAAAUCAUCCUGAGUGUACCUAUAGGGCUGCUGUAUGUUAUGAAUUGGGACUAGGGACCAGAAAGGAUGCUCGUUACGCAAUGCAAUUCUAUCGUAAAGCAGCUAGUCUAAGUGACCCCUCUGCUAUAUAUAAGAUGGGUUUAAUCUUGCUGAAUGGCUUAUUAGGACAAGCCAAGAAUUCACGAGAAGCUAUAUCUUGGUUUUUGAAAGGAAGUCAGAUUGCAGAUGAAGAUCAUCCACAAGCAUUACAUGAGUUAGCUUUAGCUUAUGAAAAAACAGAUGAUGACAUUCCUUCCAUUAUUCCUGAUAUCAAUUAUGCACGUCAGUUAUUUAGUCAAGCUGCUCAAUUAGGCUAUGCACCCUCACAGUUUAGAUUAGGGUUAGCCUAUGAAAAUGGUCAGUUACAAUGCCCUAUUGAUCCAAGACGCUCGAUUGCGUGGUAUUCAAGGGCAGCAGAGCAGGAUGAUGCCAAUGCAGAGUUGGCUUUAUCAGGUUGGUACUUGACUGGUGCUGAAGGAGUUUUAGGACAGAAUGAUCAAGAGGCUUAUUUAUGGGCCAAAAGAGCAGCAGAAAAGGGAUUACCAAAGGCAGAAUAUGCAAUAGGUUACUAUACUGAGACAGGUGUAGGUGUGUUGAGAAACCUCGAAGAAGCAAAAGUAUGGUACAAAGCAGCUGCAGAUCAUGGAGAUCAAAAGGCAAAACAAAGGUUAAGUGCAUUACUUGACCAAACUACCACAACGGUUAAAAGAAGACCAACUAGAGAUAAAAAUGGCAAACCAAAUUCAAAAGAUUCUGAUUGCAAAAUUAUGUAAUAACCAUCAGAAUUAGUUCUCUAUUUAUUUAAUAUCAUUAAUAUCCAUUGAAGCAAUAAAAUACACAUACAUACAUACGUA